GCCGCGAACAACCGGCCAUCGGACCGCGUUAUUUCAAACUCGCGGAAACACCCUCUCGAUAAUCGUAUCCGUUCCACGCAAUCUCCAACGCACCGAGCUUUAUCACAGUGCAACUUUCAUCCGCUUCACUGACUCUUUACAGAGCGCCGAUUUUUCUUUCCGCUUGAUUUUCUAAGAUAAAACUUUGAAAGUUACGGGAAACUUUGCCCGCACGCGUUGACCGAGAUUUUUCCGUCGUGCUACUUUACGAGUAAACCCGUGUCAAACCUCGUCGAACAUUGAAUUCAUCCACCACGAAUUACUGGACAUUUCGAGAAACUCAAUCGAACAUCAAAUUCAUGGUGAGCCAGUGAUUUACGAGCGUUUCGUAACAGUGGGUCACGAUACCGCGUUCAGGAUCAUGAGGUAUCGGAAGGAGAUGACCAGAGGAGCCUGGGAAACGAGAAAAACCGCACGGGAGCAGCGUGGUUCGAUCCGAGGACGUUAAAGGGAGGGUGCAUCGAGAAACAAUCGGAAAAGGGAUCGGAGCAAAGCGAGCUUUUCACGCUCGACACGUUCUCCUAACUAAUUAAUCUUGCGUUUGCAACCCUUUCGCGGAGUCGUUACGUUCAACGACGCUCGAGCAGCAAACGCUUCGAAACAAAAUCGAGGAAAGGAAAGAUAACGAGCCGGUGGCUUCUCGAGUCGGAUUACUUGGACGAAGAGAGAGAUUCGACGUAAUUAGCAAACAGUUGGUCAAGUGUUUCCACGGCAAUGGUUCGAUUUCCUUCGAGCUACUCGUCAAAGAAGCCCUGAUCAAAAGGCCAGUUUAAUCGCGUAGCCAGCUGUUGUGCAAAUUGUAGCAACUGCGAAAAGAGCGAGGCGAACGUCGACUGGGCUGUUUGUAAGCACCUCCUUCGAGGAACAUCGACGGCCCUCGCGACACUUCCUCGAAACAUCGGAUCGAUGAGGACCAACAGUUCAGUUAGCUGCUCAUUCCUGAACAACUACCAGGAAUUUACAGAAUAAACCCUUGGGAACACAUCCGAAUACCUUAUGCUGUAUUCUUUUAUCAGUGUAACACGCUGGAAUGAGGGUGUCACUUGAAAACACAAAAGAAUUCGUCGAACGCGGGUCACGAACGUCGGCGGAACCGCUUGAAACGAGCUGAAACUUUCCGUGAAAGAAAGAAGAAAAAAAAGAAAAAAGGUGCAUUGCUAUCUCGGUUGUGUCCCGACGGGGAAAUUAUAAACAGUCAACGUAGAAACGCGAAGAUAAGGCAGGGACAAGUGCAACGUUUGUUGAAAGAUAAAAGAACUGAGAAGGCACAGGUAUGUGGGCGACGCUGACAGAAAAUAAAGUGAAAUAAACGAACGAGCAAAGUUCCUUAAUGGAAAGCGGAAGGAUAAAGUCGACGAGGAUGACAGGAAACGUUUCGAGGGACGAACUGGUGAUCUCGUUGAAAAUGCGUGAGAACGUAUGUUCCAGGGGUAAAAAGAGAUCAGAGAGGGACAUGUGAUCUCUGAAUUGAUUCGCAAAUGAUAAUUCUAUCGAAAACUGAUUAGCAUAGAGAUAAUAGACUCUCGGUAGGGUCUGAUGGACGAUUGAAAAUCUCGCCGGUUCGUUGAACGAUAUUUCACGGUGAAGAGGUGCGCGAGUAUGAGGGGAAAGGGUGACGAGUGAGACGGAGGAAGAUAGAAAGUGAACGAUAAAGAGAGAAGGAAGAGAAUAGUCGAGCGGAGGGACAAGAGGAAAUCAUAGAAUUUCGUUGCUGGAAGGGAUACGUCCUGCGGGUGAACCGGUCGGACCGUCGGUGAUGGCAUGAGGACAUUAGUAAGGAGAAGCUGCGGGUCCAGCGAGGAGGAGGAUGAGGAUGGUGGUGGGCGUGAUGGUCCUUGGUCAGCUACUGACGAGGAUUCUGCUCGCUGCCCAUGCUGGAGAUCGACUCGCGGCAGCUCGCAGGAUACUCAGAGAUGUGCCACUGAUAGACGGGCACAACGACCUGCCAUGGAACAUACGCAAGUUCCUGAAGAAUCAGCUAAGGGAAUUCAGGUUUGAUGACCUGAGGGACUCCCAUCCGUGGUCACGGAGCGCCUGGAGCCACACGGAUCUCAGAAGAUUGAAAGAAGGCAUGGUUGCAGCCCAGUUCUGGUCAGCUUACGUGCCUUGCUCGUCUCAGCACCUGGACUCGGUGCAGAUGGCUCUGGAGCAGAUCGACCUGGUUCGCCGACUGGUCAACAAGCAUCCUGAAAGCAUGGUUCUCGUUACUACAGCGGAAGGUAUAGAGAAAGCGCACAAGGAGGGUAGAUUAGCAAGCCUGAUAGGGGUGGAAGGGGGCCACGCAGUUGGAACGAGUCUGGCGGUUCUGAGGAUGUUGUACGAGUUGGGUGCCCGAUAUCUCACACUUACGCACAAAUGCAACACGCCUUGGGCAGAAUGCAGCACAGCGGAUGAACCCGGUCAAGUGGCUCGCAUCGGUGGCCUCUCCGAUUUCGGCAAGAGCAUCGUUCUCGAAAUGAAUCGGCUAGGAAUGAUGGUAGACCUGUCGCACGUUUCCGUACCCACGAUGCUGGUCGCCAUGAAGACGUCGAGAGCACCCGUUAUUUUCAGCCAUAGCAGCGCCCACGCCCUUUGCAAUUCCUCGCGAAACGUGCCUGACCAUGCGCUACGACGUUUGGCGAAGACCGAUGGUAUCGUUAUGGUGUCCUUCUACCCCCAUUUUAUCAGCUGCGGUGAGAAAUCGACGUUGGAGGAUGUGGCUGCUCACAUCGAUCAUAUAAGAAAAAUUGCUGGAAUCGACCACGUUGGAAUAGGCGCCGGCUACGACGGAAUCAAUCUGACACCGACAGGUCUGGAGGACGUCAGCAAAUACCCGGAGCUUUUUGCGGAGUUGUUGGCGCGCGGAUGGUCGGAGGAAGAUAUUCGGAAACUGGCUGGUUUCAAUUUGAUUCGGGUGUUCAAGGCGGUGGAGAAGGUUCGCGACGACAUGGCAGAGCAGGGUAUAGAGCCACUCGAAGAGGAAAUUCCGCACGAGGACAUAAUAGGUCGGGAUUACUGCCGUUACAACGUGAAACGACUGAUGGCACCGUAGCCGUAGGAAAGGAUACCCGAAGGUUCGAGUACAGCGAAGAAAAAGAAGCAGAAGAAGAAGACGAAAAAGGCAGAUGGAGGAAAACGGUCAUGGCGAACGGAACUCUCUCCGAAAGCACUUCGAUUCGUGAAUUCUAGCAUCUGCGAAGGACGCGACUCGGAUCUCUCGCCUCUUCUCCUUUUCAUUCUUUUCUCCGUUUCACGUCAGCCAUCAUUCGUGUACGAACGUAAGUAGAUAGACAAACUCGAUUUCCUUCGAAAAUUCUCGAGGCGCGACAAUGACGAGUCAACCGGUGAAAAGGUCGUCUGACGAGGGAGUACUUCCUUCGCAGUGAAUGAUAGGUUUUCACGAAAACAAUGAGAGAAAAAAAAAGGAAAAGCGAUUGAAUCGUGUGCGCUUUUUCUACGAUUCGAAGACCAACGCGUUUGCACGAACGUAUGAGGAACGAAAGCGUAUUCGAUCUACACUGAACGAUUUCCUCGUCGAUGCUGGAACCAAAACCGUUCUAGUCAAUAUGCUAAUUAUAUUAUGUAUAAAUAUGUACACAUAAACGAUCGAUCUCGCUAACGACUGCCACCGAUCGUGACCUAUUGUCACCGAUACGAUUCGAGCGUAUGACUGAUUAUAUAUGUUGUGCUGUUGUAUGUGAGAACGCGUGAAUGAGAUAAAGAGCAAGAUGUUUGUACAUAUGGUACCUGAAGUCGAAGAACAUAUUGAUCCUCCUAAGAAACAGAUCGGCCAGACGAAGUUUUUAACGAGAACGUAUGAAUUUUAAGAGUUGGAGAGGAAAAGAACUUGCAUUAUUCGAGCUACCAUGGCGACGUAAAGUUCUGCAAAUUUUCUGAUGAUAAAAAAUAAAAUUCGGAAAUUCAACAUUGGGGAACACGAAACUUCUAUUCUAUUAUACUUGACAUUUGUUUCAAAGUAAACGAUUUCUAUCCUCGUUGAAAGGAUCGAACUGGCUGAUUUGUAUCGGAGGAAGCUCUAGAUACGUUAGUCUCGAAGGAGCUGCAAGCGUUGACUUCGUCAACGAGAACUUUCCUACGAUUUUGCACGAUCGAAGUUGACGUCGACACGCGCGUCGAUGUAUAAUCACAUUCACGAAUGAUUCUUUUCUUUCAAACGCGUCUCAUUCAUUCUAAACACUUUAAGACUCGUGUAUUCUACUAAACGCACCGAUAAUAUCCUUUUCUUAACCAUGUUUUUACGCUAAAAGAAACUUUUUAAUAUAGUCGAAAAUUUUAACGACUGCAUGGAGCAAGAAAAUGAAAUGAAAUAUCAACUUCCCUCGUGCUAUCGAUGCAUCUGGUCGUUAAUUUUAAGAGAAUCGUUCGAAACUCAUACCGUUUAUGUUUAAAUUAAAAAAAAAAAGAAAGAAAAAAGAAAAAAAAAUAAGACUUGUUUCGCAUCGAUCGACUGACCGACCAUUCGUGUGCAAGUAGUCGAGAUCAACGAAGCGUCAGCCUCGUGAGUAUAUCCUAA